UAUAAUUACAAGAAUUUAAAAUUAUUUAAAACUUAUAUGACUUACGAAAAUUUAUAAUUUUUUUAUUAUUUAUUUUAUUUUGUUUAACAAAUGAAUGUUUACUUGAACAAAUUCCUGCGCAUGCUCACGCCAGAGUUGCUGCUGUCAAAAAUUAUUCAAAAAUAUUAACAAUUCGAACAAACAAAAAUAUAUAAACUUUUUUUAUAUUUUUUAUAUGUUUAUUUAAACAAUUUUAUGUAGACAAAAGAAGUAAAUAAUGGUAAGUGAAGAAGUAACAGAAGUUAAAAAACCAAUGCCAGUUUUUAAAAAUCCCGAGUUCCAACAAAAAUUCCGUCCUGUGAGUGUGUCAGGUAAAAAAAGAACUUGGCGAUCAUUGAAACAAGUUUUGGCUCAAGAAAAAAGUUUACCAUGGCCUGCUGGAUUCGUUCAUUAUAGUUCGAUAAACGCACCACCAAGUUUUAAACCCGCCAAGAAAUAUUCUGACAUAUCAGGCCUGCAGGCGCGGUAUACAGAUCCACAGACGAAACUUUAUUAUGCAGUUGCUGAAGAAUUUGCAACAGUAAGAAGUUUGCCGAUGGAUAUUACUGCCGGAUAUUUAGCACUUCGAGGAGCUUCUAGUAUUGUUGGUUAAUUCAAAUACAAUCUUACCAUUAAAAUCAAUAUUUAUAUGUAAAUAAAAAGUAAAAAUAAUUAUUGAA